AGCAUAUCAGUAGGCUCUUUCUUUACCUCACCUUACCUACGGAUACUUCACCUUACUUCCCGGUCUGGUUGGUCCUUCCUCACCUUGUCUAUGAUGGCAUGGUAAGAGGAAGGAACGGGCGGCAGAGGCGCACCUGCCAUUCUUCUACCUUAGCUGGCGGUUAUUAUGUAGUAGUAAUGCCAUUCAUUGGCAGACCCAAUAGCAUUUGCUCUUUCCCGAAACAAUGGACUAAUUUCCCUCCUUCCUUUCUUUCCACUCCUCGCCCUUCCAUACCUUCCCAUACCUUUCUUUACCUUACCUUAACCCAUUUACCCAACAUAUUCGUCCCUCAUUCAUCAUUCAUCACCGGUCAUCCUUGGCCAUCUUCAUCUUCCCAUUCACUCACUGUUUGCAUCUUCCUUCUUACUCUUUGUUGUUUGCCAUUCUUCUACCGCCUUCUUACCGACCACGCGCCCCCAUUUCUUUCAAAUUUUUUAUUUUUUUUUCCGCCUUUCACACCCACCUCUUCUUCACCUUCCCACACCCCCCGGUCCAAACAACUUCACCCUCCAAGUGGCAAGUACUGGCGCCCUUGACAGCUUCCAGUUCUAUUUUCGACCACCACCAUACGGAUAGACGAGGGGUCCCGCAUCUUUGCAUCUGGGAUCUGGAUCUAAUUCAUUUUCACUCUAUUUGUGCCUGGCACC